ACCAUUUUGCAUGUCUAGUGUGUUCCUCCCUCCAUUGCUAAUAGAGACGAUUCCAGAUAUUUUCUGGCAUCAUUACGGCUAACCCCGGUGCAACCAGUGCCAACCUGUACCUUUCCUCAUCGUUUUCCAGAGAAUGCCAGCUCCGAUCAGACUGCGGGAGCUGAUCCGGACUAUCCGGACAGCAAGGACCCAGGCAGAGGAGCGUGAGAUGAUCCAGAAAGAGUGCGCUGCUAUCCGCUCGUCCUUUAGAGAGGAAGACAACACUUACCGUUGCAGAAAUGUGGCAAAGCUACUGUAUAUGCACAUGUUGGGCUACCCGGCACACUUUGGGCAGCUGGAGUGCCUGAAGCUGAUUGCGUCCCAGAAGUUCACCGACAAACGAAUAGGUUAUUUGGGAGCUAUGCUGCUGUUGGACGAGAGGCAGGAUGUCCACCUACUAAUGACAAACUGCAUUAAGAAUGACUUGAAUCACAGCACACAAUACGUCCAGGGCCUGGCUUUGUGCACUUUGGGCUGCAUGGGUUCCUCAGAAAUGUGUCGCGAUCUAGCCGGGGAGGUCGAGAAGCUGCUCAAAACCUCCAACUCGUACUUGAGGAAAAAAGCGGCGUUGUGUGCGGUUCAUGUCAUCAGGAAGGUUCCAGAACUUAUGGAAAUGUUCCUUCCAGCUACAAAAAACCUGCUGAGCGAGAAAAACCAUGGUGUUCUCCAUACAUCCGUUGUCCUCCUCACUGAGAUGUGUGAAAGAAGUCCUGACAUGCUGUCCCACUUCAGAAAGCUGGUUCCACAGUUGGUGAGAAUCCUGAAGAACCUCAUCAUGUCGGGAUACUCUCCUGAGCAUGAUGUGUCUGGAAUAAGCGACCCUUUCCUGCAGGUCCGGAUAUUGAGACUACUGCGAAUUUUAGGCAAGAGUGAUGAUGACUCCAGUGAAGCAAUGAAUGACAUCCUUGCACAGGUUGCAACGAACACAGAGACGAGUAAAAAUGUAGGCAAUGCGAUUCUAUACGAGACUGUACUGACCAUAAUGGACAUCAAGUCGGAAAGUGGACUUAGGGUCUUGGCCAUUAACAUCCUUGGUCGCUUCCUUCUUAACAAUGACAAAAAUAUAAGAUAUGUGGCAUUGACAUCUCUACUAAAGACGGUACAGACGGACCACAAUGCAGUGCAGAGGCAUCGGAGCACCAUUGUGGAUUGUUUAAAGGACCUGGACGUGUCCAUCAAGAGACGUGCAAUGGAGCUGAGUUUCGCUCUGGUGAACGGGAACAACAUCAGGGGCAUGAUGAAGGAGCUGCUCUAUUUCCUGGACUCCUGUGACCCGGAAUUCAAAGCAGACUGUGCGUCAGGAGUCUUUCUAGCUGCAGAGAAGUAUGCCCCUUCGAAAAGAUGGCACAUAGACACCAUUAUGAGAGUCCUGACAACGGCAGGGAGCUACGUGCGAGACGAUUCAGUCCCCAACCUCAUCCAGCUCAUCACCAACAGCGUGGAGAUGCAUGCCUACACGGUGCAGAGACUUUACAAAGCCCUGUUGGACGACAUCUCGCAGCAACCUCUGGUGCAGGUGGCGUCCUGGUGCAUAGGAGAGUACGGAGACCUGCUCGUAUCCGGACAGUGUGAGGAGGAGGAACCCAUCCAGGUGACUGAGGAUGAAGUCCUUGACGUGCUGGAAGGCCUCCUGGUGUCCAACUUGUCCACUCCUGUGACCCGGGGUUAUUCCCUCACUGCCAUCAUGAAGCUGUCUACUCGCUUCAGCAGUGUUAACCGAAUCAAGAAGGUGGUCUCAAUAUAUGGCAGUAGCAUCGACGUGGAGCUUCAGCAGCGAGCUGUGGAGUACAACGCUCUUUUCAAGAAAUACGACCACAUGAGGCCAGCUCUCCUCGAGCGAAUGCCCAUUAUGGAAAAAACGGCUACUAAUGGCCCCACAGAGAUUGUGCAGACGAACGGGGAGACAGAGCCCUCUGUUGUGGAAACGAAACACCUACCACCUGUCACCCAGCCAGCCAAUCAGGCUAAUGAUUUAUUAGACCUGCUGGGUGGUAAUGAUGUGCCAGUAAUCCAGACCACCAUGCCCACCAAGCCUGCCUCAGCUGGAGGAGAGCUGCUGGAUCUGCUGGGCGACCUCUCACUAAGUGGUGGCCCUACCCCAGCUCCUGCUCCCUCUGUUCCCACCUCCCAACCCUCUUUCCUCCUGGAUGGCCUCACCUCACAGCCCCUGUUUAAUGACAUAGCAACUGCAGCUAUUCCUCCGAUGACAGCAUACCACAAGAACGGCCUAAAAAUAGACUUCACAUUUGAGAGAGCUAAUCCCAAUCCAAACGUCGCCGUCAUCACCAUCCAUGCUUCCAACUCGACAGAGGCGGACAUGACAGAGUUUGUUUUUCAGGCUGCAGUACCAAAGACAUUCCAGCUGCAGCUCCUCUCCCCUAGCAGUAAUGUUGUCCCAGCACUCAACCAGGGAACUGUCACACAGGUCAUCAGAGUCCUCAACCCACAGAAGCAACAGCUACGAAUGCGGAUCAAGCUGACGUACACCCUCAAAGGCUCGCCUGUGCAAGACCUGGCUGAGGUUAAUAACUUCCCCCCUCAGUCCUGGCAGUGAUGAGCUGCUUCUGUUGCUCUUAAAAACCCCCACCAAGGGAACUAUGAAAAAGAUUUUCCUUUCACCGCCCUCCUUUCUUCCGACGGAUCCCCCUGUGACGUCACUGCAGUCGGCUGCCCUCGAGUUGCAUGGGAAACAGCAGAGCAUCUAACACAGGAGAGAAAUACAGAUGUUACGAAGACCCUAUUGACUAUUGACAUCACCAGAAUAAUUGGGACAACAUAUCAAUCAAUGAACUUUCUCUUUUUUUUUCUUCUUAAUUGGUUCCCAUGAUGUCUUUUGUGUAGUAAUAUACCCUCCACCCAAAAGCAUUGCCACACACAAAAGCACACAUGCAUGCCAUUUACUGUGGCACACCUCUCCUCUCAAGUCACUGUAGGGAAAACACGUUGUCCACUAUAAGCACUGCAGUAACCAUAGUUUUAAUUUAUAAUUUAGCUCCAAUGCAGUUGAAGCAUUUUGCUCCUUUGGUAUUUAUGAUUGGCUUCAGUACAUUUGAUGGCAGCAGAAAACGCUUUGAAAGCUCUCUUUAGUGCAGUUGUAAACCCCUUUUGACUCUCUUCCCCAUGAGUGAUAUAACUUGUCAGAGUUGUAUUCAUUUUGAAUUACAUUAAUUUGCUUAAAGCAUGUUUGAGCAUUUGUAGGAUCACAAUCACACCGGACUCGAGCUCGGCGGGGACCUUCAGGUUCUGGUAGUAGGCGUCUUUAUCCUAUGUUUCUAUAGGAAGCAGUCUACAUCUGUUUUCUCACAAUAAGAGCAUAAACACAUCCAGCAUGCCCAGUUUGAUCACCUGUGACUGGUUUUUCAGAGAAUGUGCUCCCGUUUCCGCACACAGCUCUCCUGAAAUCAUCUCAUCUGUAGCUUUAGUUAAAGAUCUGUAUAAUAAAUCCAGCGGUUAAUUGCUUUGCAUAGUUUGGGGAGGUUUAUUCAUUAGGAUCGAUCUGAAAUGUAUCUGAAGAUAAGCUGAUCACAUUUGUGCAUAUAAACUUUUCCUGCAUUUGUCUCUUCGGAUACGUUUCAGAUGUGUUUCACCUGGCUGAGCUUAGUCACCAUGCACAUACAUGUAAAUGAAGCCUGUUAUGAAUGUAGUUACAUGCACUGAAUGCUUUUUCCUUCCCUCAAGUCUUCUUUCUCAUGGCUGUCUUCUUUAGGGAUGUUCAUCUUAAUGGCACUAUUUUUGUGAAGUAUGUUUUAUUUCUGCAGUAAUUUGACUUGAUUAUUUAUGCCUGAUAUCAAAGUGAUGUGCCUUUCUGACUUGGCUAGAUAAAAGCCCCUCAACUAUUGAGUUCUGUAUGAGCUUCGUUUGUAAGUCUGCUGGUGUGCUGAUCGUGUUUUCAAUCUGAGGGAAAUGGUCUUAAUGAUUUUGAAUUGGUAUAUCACCUCAUAUAUUAAGUUAAUCCUUCUCACUUAUUCGUCUCAUAAUUAGGGAAUAAUCAGUCACCAACUUAUACUGGGCUACCUUGAAUAACUAUUAAUUAUAGCUACACAAUCUUGAUUGCUUUUCCCUAAACUGUGUGGCAGACUUCCUAUUACAAAUGCCUGUUGGAUGAUACUAAUAAAAAAAUCCUAAAGCAAAUCUCAAAGAUUAUGGCAGCUAAAUAGAUGUAAACAUUUGAUAGGCUGCCAUCAAAGUGUUAUUAAAGUGGUAUAAAGUACUGAAGUGUAAUCUCACUAAGGUUCCCCGUCAGACAGAUGUUGAAGUGUGAGUUUGCACCACGUGUUGAGGUACUGUGACAGGUCGCUCUGUGGUGACUGUUCGUAAGAGUUCUUGGCUCUCGUCUUCAAAUCAGAAUUCUGACCGUGCUGUCGUGGACAGUAACCUUAAUACCUCGCAAUGUUAUCUCUUUCUGCUCACUUUCAGUUGUGUUGGGUUGACCGCUUUGUUUGGUCCUACAUUGCAAUCAAGGGGAGCAUCGGCACGAGAGAAACUCAUGUCGGUUUGUUCCUCUCAUUACUUCAGACGAGCAGCCCUGCGAUGCUGUGUUGAGAUCCUCAGAUGUUCAAUCAGGCUGUAUAUUUCUUUUCACUAUGCUUCACUAUCUCCUUUCAUCUGUGACCAAAUCAGAGAGACUAUUAGCUUUGGAAAUAUUUUUGAGCUAUGAUAUGUGUAUAUGGAGGAAAUUUAUUUCAGUUGUUCUGUUGACAAAUGCUAUAUUGGCUUUUUUUCUGUACAUAUUGAGGGCUUUUACAAUUUUGUCUCUUGUCUUUCAUCAUUUUUUCUAAAAUUACCAAUUAUUCACAAUGUAUAUUGUCUAAAUUAAUCUAGUCACCAUUAGUCUAUAAAGACUUCCCUGUAUCAUCACUCAUUCAUUGUAAAAGAUAUAUGAUCUGCUGCCUGUACAUUGUAUAUAGUUGUAAAACAAACUAAAGCUGAUCAAAUUAAAUAAAACCAACAUGAAGACUUAAAAGAUUAGCUAGGAAGUAUAAUUGUAUGCAUAUAUGUACAAAAAGAACCUUAAAAGGAUGCAAUUGAGCUGCAUUUGAUUGACUAUUCUUCCUACUCCAUUCAUGAUCGGAUGUGUCAUCUUUACUUCUUUUACAAAGAUGGUAGGCUGCUUGUCGGGGUCCUGUUGGAUGUUGAAAUGAGGGUAGAUCUAUCUUAACUGAUGUCUGAAUGAUGCACUGUACUACUGAGAAACCUAAGCACAGUGUUUCACAGCAACUGAAGUGGCACCUUUUCUUCAUCUGCUUCCCUGCCCCUAAACGCCUCAUGUAUCCACGCCCUCCUUCGAAGAGGAGCAGGGUUCUUGUCUCGGUGUAACUCUUUCUUUGGGUCUAAUGUGUUGUUCAGUGUUCUGCACUCUUGACAAUUUCAACUGUCAAACUCUCCUCGACCUACAAAGUCAUUUGUGAAAUGAUGCCCGUGGUUCUGGCAUGAAAGCUGUCGUGGAUGCCUGGUAACCUUUUUGUCUGCCGUGUAGCACUUUUUCUAAAAGCAUUGUGUCUCGACUAAUGCCACUACACUAGGAGAAUUUUAACCUCACUGUGAUUUAUUUUUUCCCAGUUAGGUCAGUAGAUUUCAAUUGGAACAGAGAUUUGUCUGAAAAGGAGCUGAUAGAAGUUUUAUUAUUUGUGGUUCCAGAUGUGUAUGUUGGAGCAGCAGUAUCCUUUCAAUGUCUGGGUCCGAACAGUACCUGGCUUUCUUUUAUUACUCUCUUAUCGCUUAUGAUAUUUGCUUCUGCGUGGCAGACCUCUUCAGUUUCUCUUUGCACUAGCUGAUACUAAAGGCGGAGCUGUAACGCGUCAUGUCUGAGCCCCUAUUGCUUUAAAUUCAACUUUACAUUGCGGUUAAUCAUGGCAGGGUAUGAGAGAGGAAGGCAAUGGGUUGUUGUUGUUUUUUGUUACAUUUAUGAUUUUGUGUUCAUAGUGUGCUGCUUUACCAGCCCCAAACAAGCCUGUGCUACAAGCUAAAAACCACAAGAGGGAGCUGUGCAAAACAGAUGGAAAAGGAAGUUUCUUACAUCUAAUCCUGAAUGUUUUGGUUGGUGUUGUUUGUAUUGUCUUAUUCAACAAGUAUGUAUCCAUGUUAAUCACAUCUGAUCAGCUCUUUCGGUGAUACUGUAAAUCCAUGCAGUUUCUAAAUGUACAAAUGGAAAUAAUGAACCCAACAUAAGUGCUUUGGACAUUGUAACUCAAAAGGAAGAAAAAGAAACGGAAACAAAUACCCAUCAGCGGUGUGAUCAGCGUUUGAGUUGAUAUUAAAGAGUGUGUGUGCGUGUGGUGUGUGUGUGUGAGAGAGAAUGAGUGCGAAACAGAGAGAGAAAAUAAUCAUGCUGAGAAGAGCGUGAUGGCGUGCGACAUGUCUUUUAUCUAGAUAGGACAUGAUUUUUGGCUGCAAUUUCAACUUUCAGCUUCUGAGCUGCAUGUGAAACCCAGUGUAAAUAACGUCAUUUCUACACUUGACCCGAGACUCUUUUUGAAAUGCAAGAAAAGUUUGAAUUAUAAAGUCUGUCACACCAGAUUCAUGGGUACUAACAUGUACAAUAGGAAGUUGUUCAAAUAGCACUCACAAUGCUGUUAUUGUUUUUAAGAGUGAUGAAAAUGCACAUCCGUCGUUUGGAUAAUUGGAUACCUAAUUUUUUUAUGGCUUAAUCAGUGUGUAAAGGGCUUGGGAGAGCAUCUGUAUUGCCACCCAUGUUCACUUUCCCUGUUGAAUCAAAAAAGUGCAUCCAUCGUAUUUUGAAAACAAAAUCUGUUUGUAACCCCCCAGCUUGUCCUGACUGUGAAACAAUGUGGUGUCUGAUUUGUUGGGGGAGGGUGGAGGCAUGAGGUUCACUUCUUUCAGUCAACUUUGACAUGUUGAACUGAAUCUCAGUUCCAUGGCUUCAAGGUGAGUGUGUAUGUCAGACUGAAAGUAUGAAAUGAUGAUUAAAGAUGAAAAGUUGUAAACUAUUAAAUGGGAUAUUUUCAAUUUA